GCACAGGAAAUUCAACUCCUCCCCCGUGUGGGGCAAAACUGGAAAACGCAACAACCUGAGCCCGGGUCAUCCUCUCCAACUUCAACCAUCCAACCGCCACAGGAAUUGGUUGCGCCGGCCUCACCAUCAUCCGCGAGACGGCGACCUCACCGCCGUGGGCAGGGCGGAGCUACCCGAGUCUCUUCCCACUGAAGUUUUGCCUCAUCGAGAGUCGUCGCUCCCCUCCUCAUCCCCACAAUCCGGGCUUCCAUCGAUUUCUUCUGCUGCCGGUUCUUCUUCAGUGCGCAGUGCGCAAGGAUCAAUCUUGGAGGUGCACGACCCAUGAAAUCCAACAGGAACAGCAGCGGCGUGUGCCCCGCGAAAUCUGACAGGAACGUCAGCGGCGUAUGCCCUGUCACCGGGAAGAAUCAGGGUGGCAGCACGGGCAAUGCUGAAGGAAAGAGCUCGGAUCCCCGAUUGAUGCCGGCGAGGUGCCCGUUCGGCUACGACUCCGGCACGUUUAAGCUGGGCCCGCUCAGCUGCAUGAUCUGCCAGGCGCUGCUCCACGAAUGCAGCAGAUGCAACCCCUGCUCCCAUAAGUUCUGCAAGGCUUGUGUAUUGCGCUUCAAGGACUGCCCAUUGUGUGGUGCUGAUAUAGAUGGCAUUGAACCUGAUCCUGAACUUCAGGCCCUCGUCGAUCGCUUCAUUGACGGACAUGCCCGAAUAAAAAGAUCACAUGCUUCAGGGGAUGAGGAAGUAUUGGGUGGCAAGAACAAGGUGAUAUAUGAGGAUGUAUCAAUGGAGAGAGGAGCUUUUCUGGUGCAGCAAGCUAUGAGGGCUUUCCGUGCUCAGAACAUUGGAAGUGCAAAGUCAAGGCUUAGUAUGUGUGCAGAAGACAUCAGGGAGGAGUUGAAAUCUUCAGAAGAUAAUCUAGACCUGCGCUCUCAACUUGGAGCUGUUUUAGGAAUGCUUGGGGAUUGCUGUCGGACCUUGGGAGAUUCUCCUUCAGCAAUCAGUUACUAUGAAGAAAGUGCUGAGUUCCUCUCAAAAUUGCCCGUAAAGGAUCUUGAGUUGGUGCAUACUCUCUCAGUUUCACUUAAUAAAAUUGGUGACAUUCGCUACUAUGAUGGGGACCUGCAAUCUGUACGAAGUUAUUAUUCCCGUUCAUUGGAUGUUCGCAGAAAUGCAGUAAAAGAACACUCAGCAGUGGCCUCCCUGGUAAUUGAUCUAGCGACUUCUCUUGCAAAAGUUGCGGAUGUUGAUAGAAACCUUGGGAAUGAAAGCACUGCAGCCGAGGGUUUUAAGGAAGCAAUUGAAUGCCUUGAGAAACUGAAGCUUGGUCCUGAGCAAUCUAGUCUUGAGCAAAGGCGCCUAUCUGUUUUAGACUUCCUGCACAACCAAUUGGCAGUUAAAUAAAGCACAGUGGCAUCCUAAAAUCAUACCCAUAAGAUACAUUUUCACCAAGAUGGGUUGAAGAACUCCAGUUUUCAUGUGAUGCAUACUGAAGGAAUUUCCCUGUGGUAAUUAGAGGGUGUUCUUGAAAGCGACACAAAAUAUGAGCUCUGUCAUUGUAAAUAUAUCCUCCGUGUGCUGGGCGUGGAGAGGACUCUGGAUGGCUGCCUAUAUGUGCAGCCGUCCAACCCCCUAGUCUGUUUCCGCAGUUGGGCGCGAACCUGAAAUGGUGCGUUGCGGAAGAUGAAACUUCUCACAAGUCAUGUGUGAAUGUAAUCCCUUUGUACAUUGACUAAGAUGAAGGAAUAAUAAUGUAUGACCGUUGUGCUUCUUCA